GCCCCUCCCUGCUGCACUGUGUCCCAUGUGGAUCUACCUGGAUGUUCUCUUUUCUACUGCUUCUAUCAUGCACCUGUGUGCCAUCUCCCUGGACAGAUACGUGGCCAUACGCAACCCCAUCCGACACAAUCGGUCAAACUCCCGUUCUCGAGCCCGGGCAAAGAUCACUGCGGUCUGGACGAUCUCUGCGGGGAUCUCUAUGCCAAUCCCAGUGCUGGGUCUGAGAGAUCACACCAAAGUUUUCAAAGAUGGCAGCUGCCUAUUGACUGACAACUCCUUUGUGUUGAUUGGCUCCUUUGUGGCCUUCUUUGUGCCAUUGAUCAUUAUGGUGGUGACCUACUUCCUGACUAUCAGUGCUCUGCAGAGCGAGACUACGCUAUGUUUAGACCAGCUGGUACCCAGGCCAAGAUGGAGUGCUGGGUUUACCCUAAACUUUCUUCCCGGCCCUGCGUUCUCCCCUUCGGAGAAAAAACUAAUCUUUCGGCGAUCAAUAAGCCGCGAGACGGGGGUGGAGUCCGGGGUAUCGACUCCUCCUUUCGGACGGCAUGGCGUGCAGUCAAUCAAUAAUGAGCAAAAGGCCUCCAAAGUUCUGGGUGUGGUCUUUUUCCUGUUUGUGGUCAUGUGGUCUCCGUUUUUCAUCACUAACGUUUUGGCGGUAGUUUGUGAGCCAAUGGCGUGCGAUGCUGAUGUCAUGAAUAGACUGUUGAAUGUGUUUGUGUGGGUGGGUUACCUUUCCUCUGCUGUCAAUCCCCUGGUCUACACGCUCUUCAACAAGACUUACCGUUCAGCCUUUGCCAGAUACAUCCGAUGUCAGUUUCACGAGGAGAGGAAACCGCUGCAGCUAAUUCUGGUCAACACCAUUCCACCACUGGCAUAUCAGUCCACACACCUGCCACUCACAGGAUCAAUAGGAAAUGGAGAUUUCUCGCUGCCUCGGUCCAGUAAACACCACCAUCUGUCCAACAGCAACAAAAAUGAGAGUGUUAGUUGCAUGUGAAUUCAAUAUACAAACUCACAGAAUGCCAACUUUAUUCCCAGACCGGACUAACAAUGACAUUAUUUUCUUCUGUUUUAUUUUCAUGUUCGGCAUUAUCUCCACAGUACCUCUAAAGAAAGCAGCUUACAUUGGCAACAAGGUCUAAAGGAUAUCAAUAUCCUACACUGACAAACAAAUGGCAUUACGGUCCCUGGGUUUAUCGCUGGGACAUCAAAGACCUCAUCUCACCUGACCUCAUCAUCUGCCCAACUGAAAAGAUCAGCAUAGGUUUUCACCAGCAUAUGUUGUAGUAUCCAUGAUGGGAUGUUGGUGUGCUUCAUAACUAGUUUGACUUGUCAUGCUGAUCAACCAGCUCCAGCUACAGUAUGUUUGGAUGGUGAACAGCAUGAUGAUUCGAGUCUAUCAACUAGAUAUGCACAAAACCAGAUCUAACCAUCAUAAGCCAGCUUGGACCAGCAUGGAUAUUUUUGUCUAAACUGAUCUUUUGAGUUGGGUGAUUUGAAACAAAGGAAUACAAUCCCUUGAGUUAUGAACUUGUAUAUAAAUGUUGAGUAAGAGUCUUGGUAUGAUGUCCAAAUGUUUAUUUUUUAUGUAGCACUUUAUAUUUAAGAAGGUAGACUCUAGACUUACUGUAUUGGAGCUCAGUGAUGUUUUGUUUACAUUGUCUGGUUUUUGAAAAAUAAGUCUUGAUAAAAUUGAGUAAACCUUGUGAUGUAACGUUUUGUAUUCGGUCAAAGGAUUUUGAUGCUGUAGACUCAUUCAUACAGUAUGACUUGACUUAUGUGUGGCUGGUUUAUCACAAAAGCAAACAUUUAUAUUAAAUGAAUGCAGACAGAAAUGCUCUCCGGAAGCACAAAAGCAAUUCAUGUAAUGUCUACAACAUGCACACACUUUCAAUUAUAAUACCAAGAAAAAAUUUGGUUUCCUAAAUGUUGUUGAAUGGACU